CAACGCACCGUCUGCGCGCCACAGCACAGAGCAACUCCCGUGAGGAGAUGGGUUCCCUGGACAGUCGCACUGAUUGAAAUGUAUUAUUUAACAGAAGACAUAGGCCUAAUUUUUUGAGGAUUCUUCUGGAAAAACACAGCCAAAAUGCUCCCCAACAGCUCUUUCAGGAAUCUAACCCUGGAGGACGGUUUUUUCCUAAUGAACAACUCGUCUGGGAACGAAACGUACAGCGAGUCUCAAGGCAGCGCAAUUCUCAUCUCCUUCAUUUACUCGGUUGUCUGUUUGGUCGGACUGUGCGGGAACUCUAUGGUUAUCUAUGUCAUUUUCAGAUAUGCCAAAAUGAAAACUGCAACAAAUAUCUACAUUCUGAAUCUGGCCAUAGCGGACGAGUUACUUAUGCUGAGUGUCCCUUUCUUGGUGACAUCUUCACUCCUUCACCACUGGCCUUUCGGCUCCCUUCUCUGCCGCCUUGUUCUAAGUGUUGAUGCUAUUAAUAUGUUUACCAGUAUUUACUGCUUAACUGUACUUAGCAUAGACCGAUAUAUCGCGGUUGUGCACCCCAUCAAAGCCUCCCGGUACAGGAGACCCACAAUAGCUAAAAUAGUCAACUUUGGGGUUUGGAUGUUUUCUAUCCUGGUCAUUUUGCCCAUUAUUAUAUUUUCCACGACCGUUCCAAACUUGGACGGUUCGGUCGCUUGCAACAUUCAGAUGCCAAAGCCAGUGAACCAGUGGAUGGCUGUGUUUGUAAUCUAUGCCUUUCUCAUGGGCUUUCUGUUCCCAGUCAUUGCUAUCUGUAUGUGUUACAUCCUCAUCAUCGCCAAGAUGAGAGUGGUGGCACUGAAGGCAGGUUGGCAGCAGCGUAAGAAAUCGGAGAGAAAGAUCACUCUGAUGGUGAUGAUGGUGGUGACCGUGUUUGUCAUCUGUUGGAUGCCCUUUCACAUUGUGCAGCUCGUCAAUGUUUUUGUGGAGCACCAUAACGCAACACUCAUGCAACUCGCCGUGAUUCUGGGAUACGCAAAUAGCUGCGCCAACCCUAUACUGUACGGAUUUUUAUCAGACAAUUUCAAACGUUCGUUCCAAAGAAUUUUGUGCCUGCGCUGGAUGGACAAUGCAACGGAAGAACCAAUAGAUUACUAUGCCACGGCUCUGAAAAGUCGUGGUUACAGUGUGGAUGAAUUUCAACCGGACAAUAUGGAAUGUGAUAGCACGUAUAGAAAUGGAACCUGUACUUCUAGGACAACGACACUGUAGCAGCAUAUGGACAUGAUGAAAUUAACAAAAAUCAUAAACGUGACCACUGAGUGUUUCGCUCAUUACUAGGCGGUUACUUCGAUAUGUAUUAAUGUUGUUUACUUGCAACUAUUUGAACGCAAUUAAAAUGUUAAAUAA